AUGACAACUUUCUCGAAUGCGAUGCUGCUUGCUGGCAAAGCUUGCGCGAUAACAGGAGGAGUCUCUGGCAUUGGCCGAGCGAUUGCCAUCGAGUACUUGCGCCAGGGUGGUGCUGUCGCAGUGAACCAUCUCGGCGACCGCAGAUCUGUCGAGCUGUAUAAGAGCCUCAAAGCCGAAGUCGGCAAGGAUGCGAAGCUCAUUGGAGUCGGUGGUGACAUUGGCAAGAUUGAUACCGGCAAGGAACUGGUACAGGCCGCAGUCUCCGAGUUUGGAUUCCUUGACGUCUUUGUUGCAAAUGCUGGCNNCACCGAUGAGAAGAUGUUCGAAUCGCACCUCCACGUAAACACCCGUGGCACAUUCUGGUCUGUUCAAGCUGCUGCUCGACAGAUGGUAUCACAAGGCAAGGGCGGCUCGAUCAUCGGCGUUGCUUCAAUCAGUGCCCUGCUUGGUGGUAAACAACAGGUACACUACACACCGACCAAGGCAAGUGUCCUCAGUAUGAUGCAGUCAGCUGCUUGCGCACUAGCAGAGCACAAGAUACGGUGUAAUGCAUUGUUGCCUGGUCACACUCGCACACCAAUGAGUGCCGACGACUUGGCCAAACCAGAGAAGUUGAGAGCUGUGAACGAAAGGAUUCCUCUUGGUCAUGUCGCAGAACCUCACGAUAUGGCUGGACCUGCCGUGUUUCUCGCAAGCGACAUGAGCAGCUACGUUGUGAGUCUUGUCAGUACUAUCCAAUGA